UUGAAAUUGAAACGGCAUUGACACCGUUGAAACGGAAAAAACUACCAACUUGAGCCGGAAAAACUCACAGUUCCGGCAAACACCUUAACAAACCCAUUUUCAAAGACAACUUAAUUCAAAGGUUAACGUGAAAUUCAGGAAAAAUCGAUUAUUUAUUAUUAUUAUUAUUAGAAGAAGAAGGUUUUAGAUGAAAGAUCUUGCACGCUACACAUAUCAAAGAUCCUUUCUUUCUGCAAGUUCUUUCACUUGUCUUUUGCCUCAUGUUGCUGAAGCAAAAUUACUGAAUUGACUACACUACCCUUGUAUGCUGUGUUCAAGAGAUAUAUAAACAAGUUUCUAAAUUUACUAUUUGGUUAUAUAUCUGAACAUUUUGGAACUUCUCAUCAUGCCUUCUGAAUCAAUGGAUUUCAACAGUUUUUCUUCUUCAUCGACGUUUUCGUCCAAAGAUGUUUGUUCUUAUAAUGAGAGUCAAGUUGGAUGGUGGAAAUCAGAUAAAUUGUCUAAAGGACAUGGUUCUGAUCAAGAAAUCAAACCUAGCAUAAGUUUACAAGAAGUAUCCAAUUUUGCAGAUAGUAAUGAGGUUAACAUAAUUGCCAAUCGGCAUGAAAGCAGCCUCUUCUCAAGUUCUCUGUCAGAUUUGUUUAGCAGGAAAUUGCGAUUAUCGGCGAAUAAUGCUUUAUAUGGACAAUCAGUGGAUGCAAUUGCAUCACACUAUGAUGAAGAGAGGCUUUUUGACUCUCUUGAAGAACUAGAGGCUCGAAUCAUUGGAAAUCUACUCCCCAAUGAGGAUGAUUUGUUUUCUGGAGUGACUGAUGACCAUAUUGUCCGAGACAGCACUUGUGAUGACAUAGAUGAACUAGACCUUUUCAGUAGUGUUGGAGGUUUGGAUCUCGGAGAUGAUGACAAUUCAUCGUCUAGAGUAAAGAAUUCUGUAAUCCUCAGUGAAGCGCGGAACAGUCAACUUGGGCUAUGUAAUACCUCAGUUGCCAGAGAAAACUCUUCUAGAACAUUAUUUGUUAGAAACAUUGAUAGUGAUGUUGAAGAUUCUGUAUUGAAAGCUCUUUUUGAGCAAUUCGGAGACAUUCACACUUUCAAUCCGUCUUGCACGCAUCUUGGGUUUGUUAUGAUAUCAUAUUAUGAUAUUAGAGCUGCUCAAAAUGCAAUGAGAGCACUCCAGAAUAGACUAUUCGGCUGCAGGAAAUUCGACAUUUGUUAUUCGACUCCAAAGGAUAGUUCUUCAAAGAAAGGUGUGAAUCAGGGCAAACUUGCAGUUUCUUUAUACGAUUCAUCUAUUUCGAAUAUUGAACUUCACCGUAUAUUUAAUGUUUAUGGAGAAAUCAAAGAGAUUCAUGAAAACCCUCACAGUCAGCUUCACAAGUCGAUUGAAUUUUAUGAUUUUAGAGUGGCAGAGACAGCUCUUCGUGCUUUAAAUAGAAAUGAUGCUACAAUGAAGAAGUUAAAGGUUGAGCCAAGCAAUUUUACCGACUCAGAAAGUAUGAUUCGACCGAUCCAUCCAGAUUUCGAACAAACAGAAUGUAGCCUCUGUCUGCAUCAGAAGAACCCUCCUCUUACUCCAACAACUAGCUUACAAGGCUUGCAUGGCGUCAAUAAAUCUGGUAGUAUGGAUGCUGCAAGAAUUGUUGGUGCUUUGUCUGCAAUGCAUGCUCCAUCUAUUGAAACUGCUUUUAAUCAUGGAAUCUCUUCAAGUGUUCCUAACACCUUACCGUCUCUAAUCAAAGUUAAAUCAGUUGGAAACCAAUGUGAGUUUACUGAAUCUAGUUCUCCAAGCCAGUUGAAUUUCGAUACUCGAGCUUCAUUACCAUUUCAUCCUCAUUCCCUUCCUGGCCAUCAUGUAAAAUGGAGCAACUCGUAUCAGCCUCCGAGACCGAUGUGGCAAAAUUCUCCAUCAUAUUUCGAUGGAAUUUGCGCAGCAACUACCCUGCAAAGAUUGAACCAAUAUCCUAUGUCACCAUCACAUAUGAUAAGCACUGUUUUACCUACAAAUAACACCACGUUUCUCAGUAACAUAACACCACAUUGUGUUGAUUUUGUUCCACAUAACAUCCCUAAUUUUGGACUCAACUUUCAUAACCAAAGGAGCAUGGUGUUUCCUGGUAGAAACCAUAUGAUUAACACAUUUGAUACUCACAAACGUGGUAGAAGCCGUAGAAAUGUAGGUGCGUCGAAUUUGGCUGACGCAAAACGGUUUGAACUUGAUAUUGACUGCAUAAAGAGAGGCGAAGAUAGCCGAACAACGCUUAUGAUAAAGAACAUUCCUAACAAGUAUACUUCCAAGAUGCUGUUAGCUGUAAUUGAUGAAAAAUUGGAUAAAGGAACUUAUGAUUUUGUGUAUCUUCCAAUUGAUUUUAGAAACAAAUGCAAUGUUGGAUAUGCAUUCAUCAACAUGACUAGUCCUGGCUUGAUUGUACCAUUCUAUCAGGUGUUCAAUGGGAAAAAAUGGGAGAAAUUCAACAGUGAGAAAGUCGCAACGUUAGCAUACGCUCGCAUACAAGGAAAAGAAGCUCUUAUUGCUCACUUCCAGAAUUCUAGCUUGAUGAAUGAGGAUAAGCGCUGCAGGCCUAUCCUCAUUGACACUGAUGGUCCAAAUGCUGGUAUUCAGGUCCCUUUCCCAAUUGCAAACAAACAUGGAAGAAUGCGAAGCAACAUUCAUGACGAUAACCCGCCUAAUUUUGGAAAAUUCAAACCCUCUUCCGACUAAGGAACUCACAUUUGUUUCUUUUGACAUCUAACUAACCAUAUAAAUCAAAGUGAUUUGGUUACACUAAUAAAGCUUCUCAUAUUAAGAGUAUAUGUACAUAGGUACUAAUACUUCACUUAAGCCAAUAAGUUUUCUCUUGUUCAUUUGGCUUUUUGUUUUUAAAUCCUUAACAUGUUGGAAAUAUGAGCAAAAAUAGAAGGUGUUUCAAGUUUUAAUGUGAAAAAUCAAAAGAUUACAUGUAUAGGAGUUUAGUAUGAACAUUGGAGAGGUUUAAUUGUAUAGAGUGGUUUGAGGGGAAUUCUCUUUCAUAUUUAUUAUUCAGGCAAAUUUAUUUUUUCUUGUAAAUUGGAGGAUGUAUUUGUCAGGGUUGGAGUCCCACCUGUCAUAUUUUUUUUAAUGAAAUUUUUGAUUUUGAUGAACUA